AUGCUCCCGCUCGAGCUAGUAGACGCGAUAUUCCAACUGCUCUCUCCCCAUUGCUUCAAGUACAGUGACGAGGUCUCCGCUGCGCAGACGGCUCUUGCUAGAUGCGCGCGGACGUGUCGCACUUACCACAAUAUGGCAUCGAGCGUCCUUUGGAGGGGAGAAGAUCUCAGCCGCAUUUGCACGGCAGUCUUGUCAAAUUUCACCAUCGGCCGUGUCAAGUGGCCCGCGGAGGAGGCGUUGAUCCGCGUCAUUAUCCUCAUGUUUAUAUGGGAACACGCUACCCCUGAGCUGGUGUCAGUCCUAUCGCCGUCUAUCCGCGUUCUUUACCUUCUUGAUGACCUCGCUGGAGAGGAGAAUGCGUCGCAGCAACUCGAGUUUGGGUACCGGAUGCGGCGUCAUGCCUUUAAACAGCUCAUUCCUGCUGUACUCCAGGGUCUUCCCGACCUUGAAGUACUUUUGCUGCGACCACUUGGACACAAAUCUUUCUGGUCCCCGUUCACGUCAACGCCAAACAAUUGCUUCGUCAACCAGAACAUCCGCAUCCUGCACAUAGUCGAGUUGUCAUCUUGCACCGUCGUGACGGCUGCCCUUGCCGCCAUCUCGACCAUCUCGAAUCUCGCUGAACUCAACAUCACCGUCCUCGGUCCCUACGCAUACCACAUUGAGGCAGAUCCAAUGGAAUGGUACAUACCAUCAACUUUCCACUUCCCGAGGUUGAGGCGACUAUCUCUAAAGGGCCACACAACAAGGGUGGCGGCCCUCGUCGAAGCAAUUGCCGCACCAGAUCUGGAAGACAUAGCACUGAAGACUGUGGAUACCACUCUUCCCGGCCGCGAGUAUCAAGACGUGUUGGAGACCGCGCUCUCCGAGCUCUUUGACCGGCUGCGUCGCCAGAACGCGGCAUCCCUGCGAGUGUUCAGCUUGAUCCUCCAUACCAUGGCUGGCAUAUCUGUGUUCCCCUGUGGAACCACUGCGGACACACCGUUUCCCUACUUCGCACGCCCGCUGCUAGAGAUUCGCCAUCUCCAGCGCAUCACUAUACAACAGAGCAGCCAGGGCAGUGACGUGAAUUCUCCUGCCUUGGUGGCGACUUGGCCAGCACUGCGGUCCCUCAGCUUGCCAGGCACCGAAGCCUCCCCUGACUUCCUUCAACUUAUCGCGUGCGAAUGCCCUCAGCUCGAGCGUCUGGAGGUGAGGAGGCUGUCGAAAGACUUUGUCGACUUCCUCCCACCCACCGUCCCUCCGUCCCCUCGUGCUGGGAGCGCAGCCCCUGACGCACGACGGACAUCUGCUCUUCGACAGCUGCGCACUUCGAUUCCCUUGGAGGUACCAGAACCCGAGGAUGCCACUAAAGUCGCCCGCUUCCUGGAUGCUCUCUUUCCACGGCUGAAUCCUGGGCAGUGCUCGCUGGGAUGCUUCCUCGAAGAGACUCGUAAUAAUAGACUCAAAUACCUGUGGAAGUCCAGGGCUCUUGACGUGCUGAAGGAAGUGUCACGGUUGCAGCGAACGCGAUGUAAAAUGCGCUGGCAUGUUACUUUCCAGUUUGAUUUACAAGGACAGAUACGGGCUCGUGAAUAG